AUAAAUUGAACCGGGGAUUAUUAGAUAUUUAAUCGUCUUGGCUAGUUCGCAUUUUUCUUUAUUUUUUUGGUGCAUACAAAUGCUGCUUUUGGACACAAUGGUUUAGGGCCAGGGUGAUCGAAAAACGGGCUGAUAAAAGCAACCCACUAGACUAUUACUAACUGCUAACCUUUGAUUGGUCCACGUGGCAUAUGGUGGGCUCCCCAGGAAAGAGGUGGUUGGCCGUUUCCUAUUGUAGGCCUCUCCCAACCAAAACCAACAUAACAACAUUGUUGGCAAAUAAAAGAAAAAACAUUUUGCAUGUCUUACAUUUUCAAGAUUCAAGGCCGUGCACUCUUCCUCCUUUCUUUAGCUACCAAACAAAAUAUGCAGUGCUGGAGUUGGUCAUUUUUUAUAGCAGAGAUACUAAGCAUGUCAAUUUUUAUUGCACAAACAUUUAAGCAACUCAUUUUUUAUAACAGCCCCAUGUAUUGAUGUUCAGGUAGGAUUAUUGAAUAGAUAUUAACAAAAAGGUAAUAAGGAAUUUUCACUGGGGAAUGAAGGGGGAAUGGAGUUUCUAGCAAGCAGUUGGGGUAAAGAAUUUGUGGCAGGUGGAUUUGGAGGAAUAGCUGGUGUCAUUUCUGGUUAUCCACUCGACAGCAUUAGAGUUCGACAGCAGAAUUCUAAGAGCGGUUCUGCUUUUAGAGUUUUUCGCAAUGUUAUCGCGACAGAAGGUCCCCUGUCUCUCUACAGGGGAAUGGCUGCUCCUCUUGCCUCCGUCCUAUUUCAGAAUGCCAUGGUAUUUCAGAUCUACGCAACACUAUCACGGGCAUUCGACAGAGAUAUCCCAGCCAGCAACCCACCCUCGUACAAAGGUGUUGCUUUAGGUGGCACUGUGGCCGGAGCAAUACAAAGCCUAAUCAUCAGCCCUGUGGAAUUGGUGAAAAUCCAACUUCAAUUGCAAAGCAAAACCAAUCAGUACAACAAUCAAGCAGCUAGUCUCAAGGGUCCAAUAGAUGUGACAAGAAGAAUAUUCAGACAUGAAGGUUGGAGGGGGAUAUACCGCGGGUUAACAAUUACUGUCGUCAGAGAUGCACACUCUCACGGUCUGUAUUUCUGGGUGUACGAGUAUACUAAAGAGCAACUUCACCCUGGUUGUCGCAAGAACGGUCAAGAGAGCUUUCAAACAAUGCUCAUAGCUGGUGGUCUAGCAGGAGCAGUUAGCUGGAUAAGCUGCUAUCCACUAGAUGUUGUUAAGACCAGACUCCAAGCUCAGUCACACUCUAAAUCUGCAAAAUAUCACGGUAUUGUCGAUUGCUUCAGGCGAAGUGUGAGAUUAGAGGGACAUGCUGUUCUCUGGCGAGGCGUGGGAACUACAGUUGGCAGAGCAUUUUUAGUGAAUGGGGCUAUUUUUACUGUCUAUGAAACUGCCCUGAGGUGCCUUUUUAACAACAAUAACAAUAAUCAUGCAAAUGUUUAAAUCUGAAAAUGCAUUAUAAAACAGUAUUGAAGAACUGCAUUAUAAAACAGUAUUGCCUUUUCAUCAACUCUUUGGUUGGCAUUACUUCACUAGAAAACACAGGAUCCUAAGUAGGGCUGUCAUAGCAUGAUCUUUCACUACACAAAGCAAUAAUCAUGUAAACAAAUGAAUGUGAUAGUCACAGUCAUGUCAAAUCACAAACGCCUGAAGUACAAGCAUAUAUGCCUGAAGUUCAAUCUCAAAUAUCGCAUGGCCAACAACAAGUUGCAGUUGAAGCUGUUAGAGAUACUACUGAUGCAGAUGAUAGAGCAGUUGUCACGUGAAGGCUCAUUGCCCAGUAUACGGAGGAAUCAUCAUGUAUAGCUCGCGUAGGAGUCCUAGUAUGAGUUCCACAAAUAUUCUAGAAGCCAACUCCUAUUAACCUUCCUGUGUAUAUCUAAAGACACAAUUGCACAUCUAGAGUAGGUAUCUGGAGCUACAAUAUGGUGUUUGAUACCCAAAUGUAUUUAAUCUCAACCAUGUACAGUCAGUAACAAAUAGUGCAGUGAGAGGUGUUAUUGAUCUUGUGAGAUACAAGUUUGAACAUGUUAUGGAUUGCUCGAAAACAAGCACUUCAAAUGAUUUAACGAACUUGUUUUUAAUCCU